AUGUCUCUGAUCGUACCCAAGGCAGCGCCGGCCAUCAGCGGCCUCUUACCGCGAGACACUGUCAAUCCGUCCUGCGUGAGCUCGUGCUCCAGCGGCGCCAUCACCACGUCCGAUCUGUGCAGUCUGGGCAUCGCCGACACAGCCUUUGGCGCCUGCGUGAAGGAUGCCUGUGCUUCAGAGGACAUUACAGCAUUUUUAGCUACGGUGACGGCAUCCUGUGUCAGCGGUGCCUCCUGGGCGUCGUCGGGCUGGUCGUCCGCCACCAUCGCAGCGACAGCGUCCGUCACGUCAGCCCCCGGGGCCUUUCCUAACUCGACGCUGACGGUGCUCCCAUCCGGUCCGGCUAGCUCGGCAGCGGCUAGCAGCAACGCGACGACGGCCAGCGCCAGCCUCAGCAGCCUCAGCAGCCUCAGCAGCGCGAGAGUGGGCGCGUCUUCGGCUGUGUCGGCGUCGACUACUCCGAGCUCGAGCCGGCCAACAGACGCGUCGGCAACGACGUCAGCAGCAUCGAGCACGGCAACCAAGAAAUCGGCCGGCACGCGGGCCUGGCCAGGCCCGCUUUUCUUUCUGGCCAACCCCGGCAAGCUCCGCAUCUCCCACCUGCUUAUCGUCCAGAGCCUUUUCCCGAGCAGACCUGCCUCAGCUACUGAUCAUCUUUGCCUUGCCGCGAUUGCCGACGCUUUUUCUGUUGCCCAUCCUUUGUCUGCCCUCGACCGUUUGGCUUGUCCGCGCGACGUCUACGACCGUUCCGCUUUCUGCCUGAUUUUCGCCGGCCGGUCGAGCCCGCCGCCGGUCUCUCCUCGCUCGGCGUCGCGUCGCCUGCGCUCGCGCGCUCCCAACCUUUUCCAGCCAUCGACGACACAGGCUCCGGGUCCGAUGCAACGGCAGCAGAUGCACCGCCGCUCGCCCGGCACGGAGCCUGGCCCGGGAGGCCCGAUGCAGAGCAUACCCGGACGGAGCAUGCCGCAGGCUGUCGGGGUCGGCAUCGCCGGACCAGUGUCGUCUCGACCAUCCAACGCCUCCAUUCGAUCGACAGGCGGCAACAGCAUCAACGGGAGACGGGCUAAUAAUGCAAGCACCUCCGGCUCCAUCUCCGGCUCCAUCUCCGGCUCGAGCUCCAGCGUGCCUCUCUCACAGAUCGAAAAGAGCGUGACCCAUCUUCUCGUUGCAACGAAACAGCUGCUGGAAACACUGACACAAUGGUCGCGCGGACAGGCGACGGACACGCAGGUGUCAGAUGUCUACGUCCGGUUGGGCUACGAAUUCAACAUGGCCUGCCGCGCCUUCACGGCUAUUAAUGUGGACACGUCGGAUCUUGGGAACGUGCCGGAGCUGUUGCGCAAUAUCCUGGAGGCCACACUGAGCCAAGAGGCCAGCAGCGAAAGCCUCGACAAAUACCUCCCUCGCAUACGCGACAUUAUCAUCAAUCUCCUGCACGGCCUCAAGCGGAAACAACAGAAGCUGCGGCAAAAGCAGGCGCGCGAACGAGAUUCUGGGGUUCCAGGCGGCGGCAGCGGCGGCGAUCCCACACGAACAGUCAGCGUCAGCACGAUUGCCAGCUCUAGUUCAGGACUGUCAACCAUGUUGAACGAAGGCAUCGACAACGGCUAUCGUGGCGACGGGCCACAGCCUCCGCCACAACCACCGGCUCCACCAAAUCGUGAUGGCGUCAAUGGCCGGGGAGCGUCUCCCGGCCGGCGAUACGUUCCUCCGCGAGACUCAUCGCAGGCGUCCAUGAGCCCCGAGCAGCCCAGCCUGCCGAGCACGCCCAAGCAAAACGGCCCGACAUAUGUCAGCACGAUAGAGAACCCGUCGGGGCCGAAUACGCCGGCCGGCGAGCUGAACAUUGAUGCCUUCCCUCCACCACCACCGCCCAAGUCGCAGCAGAGCGCGCUGAUGGCGCUGCAGCGCAACGGCGACCAUCUGGAGCGACGAGCGUCACGGCGGUACUCUCAGUACCACAUCCAGAAGCACCUCGGCAGCAGCUUUUCGACGGGCGUGCCGCUGCUGCCGUCGCAGAAUUCGCCGAUUCCCAACCGUGGCCGCGCCGAUGUGCGCGAGUCGAUGCGGGCAGUGCAGGUGCGGGAGGGCGCGACGCGGUCGAGUCGCAGCGGGUCGUCGCUGUCGCGAAACGGCUUCGACCUGUCUGCAGCACAGGCGGCGAGCCAGAUCGCGGAAGAGCAGAGUGGCAGCGAGAAGGAGGUGGUGGUGGCGGCCGGCGAGACGGGGCGUCGUGGCGACAGUCCGAUGGCAAAAACGCCCGACGACUUGUACCCAGAAACAAGUGCAACGCUCAACGGCCCACCGACAGACCUGAUGCCAGCAAUUUCGGCGGAGGACGAGGACAACUACCGGUCGUCGGUGCCACGACGCGGACGUGCCAAUUCGAGAUACGGCGGCGGCGCCGUGGCCGAGAUGCCGGCGUCGACACCAACGGAAGCAUCGACAAAAGCGGCCAUGUCAGCAGCAGCAUCGACAGUGUCAGCUUCGCCAGGCGCCAUGGUGCAGUCACCACCGACACCGCCGCCACAGCCGGGCGAGCCGGCGUCCAAGGAGCUGACGCUGUUUUUACAGUACAAGUCCAAGGUCAAGAAGUUCAUGCUGCCAGAGGGCUACAACGAGCUCACGAUCGGGCGACUGCAGCUGGCUUUUAUCGAGAAAUUCUCGUGGAACACACAGCAGAACGGGGCAGAUCUGCCGGAGAUCUACAUCCAGGACCCGGUGUCAGGGGUGCGGCACGAGCUGGAGGACCUGGCGGACAUCAAGGACCGGACAGUGCUGGUGCUGAACGUGGAGGCGCUGGACGAGGUCAAACGGCACAUUGACGAGGGUCUGGGGUCGCUGAAGCAGAUGGUGCAGCAGGUGAAGCAGAACGUGGACGAGCAGGGCGCGGCACUGCAGCGAGUGUCGGACCGGCAGCAAGAGGCGGCCAAGGAGAUGACACGUCUGCGACGAGACCUAGCAGUGUUGCGACAAAUGUACUCGAGCUUCCAGUCGGACAUGGAGAGCUCGAUGACGGCAGUGCGCAACAAGGCAGCCAAUGUGGCCCUGGCAGCGGCCAAGGCAGUGAUUCCGGAUGUGGAGGACGGGGGCGGACAGGCGCUGGUGGCACAGGGCCGCAAGACGCUCAAUGCAGAGUCGGACCGGCUGGUGACCAAGGUGGACGACCUGCAGGACCUUGUGGAGGACCUGCGCAAGGACGUGGUGCACCGGGGUGUGCGGCCGCUGCCACGACAGCUGGAAUCGGUGACGAAGGACAUUACGCAGCUGGCCAAGGACCUGAGCAAGAUGGAGGAGACGAUGCGGCGGGAGAAGCCGCUAUGGACAAAGAUCUGGGAGAAGGAGCUGGAGGAGGUGUGCAAGGGGCGGGACGAGCUGCAGCUGGCAGAGGAUCUGCUGGUGGACCUGCGAGACGACCUGGAGAAGGCGUCAGAGACGUUUGCGCUGGUGGAGCAGGCGACCAAGGAGCAGAUGAAGGACACGGGUGCGGGCGGCAGUGCUGGCGGUGCAGGCAGCGAGAACGUCCUGGGCGGGGUGUCGCUGGUGGCGCGAGGGCUGCGGAGCAUCGGGGACAAUGCCGGAGUCGAUCCGAACGCGGCCAAGGAGGGCGUGCUGGGGGAGGUGCGGGCGCUGCAGCCGAACCACGAGAACCGGCUGGAGGCGAUUGAGCGGGCGGAGAAGCUGCGGCAGAAGGAGCUGGAGAGCCGGCGGGUGAACCCGCUGAUGAAGGAGCUGUCGGACUUUGUCGACGAGGGCCGGCUGAAGAAGUCGGGUGGAUACGAGGAGGUGGAGCGAGCGCGACGGGCCAAGGAUGAGCAGAUCCGGCGACAGGUGUGGGAGCGGCAGAACGGCAUGAUCUUUGACGAGGCCGACAUGGACGGACUUGAGGGCGAGGAGGGCGAGGAGGGCGAGUACCUGGAGGGGGACGAAAUCGACGACCUGGACGGGCUCGAGGGCGACGAGGAGGACGGAGACGUUGAGGGGGUCGAGGAUGAGGGCGAGGGCGAGGGCGAGGGCGAGACGUCGCUCGAGGGCGAGACGUCGCUUGAGGGGGUGGACGAAGAUGGGGAGGUCGAUCUGGACGCGUUGGAGGGCGUCGAGGCCGAAGGAGUCGAGGCUGAAGGGGACGAGUCCGUGGUGGCCGACAGUCCGGUAUCGGUCCGGUGA